CACAUGAUCUCUCAUUCUCUUCCUCAAAAUCCGACAUUCAAAUUCACUGUAUAAACAAAUUCGAAAACUUUCUCUCUGCUUUGGUUAGAUUCCUUCGCAAACUGAAGAAUUAGCAAAACUGUAGCGAAGUUGUUUUGCAUUGUUUAUGGGUUUUUAGUAAUAAUCGAACUCCAAAGAACACUUCCAACCUCAAGGCUUACCGAAGAUUAUGACUCAAACUCAUAUUGUAAUCAAAGCAUUCGUGUUAGAAAGACAGCUAAAAUGAUGAAACUAGUUUCUCUCUGUGACAUUAGUAAUGGGUUUGUGCCCAAAACGUCAACUGAUUUGUUUGUGAAACCAAGAAUCAGAAAGCUUCCCAGAGGAGAUAUAAUCACAAGGCUACGGGUGUUUGAUUCGAAUGCACGGGAGAAUCUGAAUGCUAAAAGAACAAGAAUAAACUUUAGUGUUGGGCCAGUCUUUUGCAAGACUUAUGAAGAAGAGGAAAUUCCCAAAGCAAAAUUGAUAUGGAGAGCAAUCAAACUACCCAUUUACUCUGUCGCUUUGGUUCCUCUCACCGUUGGUGCUUCAGCGGCCUAUUUGGAGACUGGUUUAGUCCUAGUUAGACGUUAUGCUACUCUAAUGCUCUCAUCAGUACUUAUCAUUACUUGGCUCAACUUAAGCAAUGAUGUUUAUGAUUUUGAUACCGGAGCUGAUAAGAACAAAAGGGAAUCCGUAGUGAAUAUGGUUGGAAGCCGGGCAGGAACCUUUGCAGCUGCAAUCACAACUCUUGUGCUCGGUGUUUCUGGUUUAAUUUGGAUAUCUUGGACAGCAAGUAAUAUCCGUGCAAUACUAUUGCUUGCCUCAGCUAUAUUAUGCGGCUAUAUAUACCAGUGUCCGCCAUUUCGGUUAAGUUACCAAGGAUUAGGAGAGCCUCUAUGCUUUGCAGCAUUUGGUCCAUUUGCAACUACUGCCUUUUAUUUACUUCUUGGUGGUGGCUCAAGCGAGAUGAGGCAUCUUCCAUUGAGCAGUAGGGUUCUUUCAUCGUCUCUCCUUGUUGGUUUUACCACAUCUCUCAUCCUUUUCUGCAGCCAUUUUCAUCAGGUUGAAGGAGAUUUAGCUGUGGGGAAAUUUUCACCUCUGGUCCGGUUAGGGACUGAAAAAGGAGCUUUUGUUGUGAGAUGGGCUAUUCGUUUGCUCUAUUUUAUGCUUCUUGUUCUUGGUUUAACCAAGAUUUUGCCAGUAACUUGCACAUUACUGUGUUUUCUGACAUUGCCAGUUGGGAAUUUAGUGUCAAGCUAUGUCGAAAACCACCACAAGGAGGAUGAGAAGAUAUUCAUGGCUAAGUAUUAUUGUGUAAGACUCCACGCUUUCUUUGGAGCUGCUUUGUCGUUGGGACUCGUUAUCGCUCGCUAGAUUUCACUUCGUUGUGUGUCUUUUGCCUUGUGUUGCAUCUCAAAUUGUUUAUUUCAUUUUUAUGCUAAAAUCAAACAGUUUUUAAAACUAGAAAGAUAUUCGUUAAUUAACACAUUAACA